ACCAUUCAUGCAGUUUGGUUGCGUCUUGGUGUAUUUGAGUGUUUGCAAUAAAAAGGGCUUUUAAUUUUUGGAGGUGCAGGUCCAGCUGCAAUUAGUUCACUGAAAAGUCUACCGCCUUGCAAGCAGCCAACCGCGGCUAGCUUUAGCUCUUUAUUUCUCCCUUGCAAUUGCAAGCCACUAAUUCAGAGGUGCAACUAUGCCCAAAAGAAAGCCCCAGCCACCUAUUGCAGAUUCCUCUGGGGUUCACUUGAUGGGAGCCAUCCUUGAGCCGACGCUGACAACAACCUGGUUGUUGCAGGCAGCCGUUGAAGGGCAGGUAAAGGAGGAGCCAAAGAGGCGGUCACCUCGAUUAUCUGCUAAGCCUGUUCCUCCUAAAUCUGAGCCCAAAACCAAAAAGGCAGCAGCCCCAAAGAAAGUGAACGUAGCAAAUGAUAAAAAGGAAAUGAAAGGCAAGAAGGGGGCCGCCAAAGUCAAAGUGGAAACCAAGCAGGAAGAAGUGAAAGAAGAAAACCACUCUGAAAAUGGAGAGACCCAAACUAACGAGGUGCCGGCUGUGGAAGAACCUGAGGAGAAGCCUGAGUAAUAUGUAACACUGCCCUAUAUCUCCAUCAGUUUGGUAUCUGUACCUCCAUCCUGUAUCGUUGACACAGAGGAAUAUUUUUAUCAACUAUUUUCUAAAUGCAGGUUUUUCUUUUUAGCAUGAAGUUAAUUUUGGAACGUCUCCAUCCUGGUCGCUUGGGUAUGAUGUCACCAACAAGAUAUCACUGUCUCUGCAUUUUGUGAUUAUAAUAGUGUGAUCUAUGGCAAGAAUAAGUGGUGGUAGCUUCUGACUUUUGUCACUGUGUACCCUUUCUUGUGUAAGCUAUCCUUUCCGUCCUUUGGCUUUUUCUUUGGCCCUGGUACGUGUUUAAUUCAGUGAAGUGGGGAGGCCCCAAAUAGAAAGUUCUCAAAUCGGCUAGUCCGGGGUGUCUGUGGGUUGAUUUUAUAAAGAAGGUGAGCUAUUUUCAUGAAAUUCUAAGAGUUGGAAAUAUCUUUCCCAAAUAUAACUUUAAUAUUAGUUUUUGAAAGAAAGUAAAAUGUAAUCAUGUUUUUAAACAAAAUACAAAUGUUUAUUUCAGAAGGGCAGAUUGAUUGUAUGUGUAGCCACUAUUAGAAAUUUUGCUGGAUUUAUCUUAAUAAAAUAA